UGGGGGUUUUGUUACAUUUCAGAAAAGCACCAAAUAAAUAUUAUGGCCUCUUCAUCUUAUGCGUCUACAGAGGAGACGACAAAUGCCUGUAGAGCCUGUCGGCUUCUCCUGGGUCCAUGUACAGAUGAGUUACGUGAUGUUUUACUUCACCAUGUACCUCUACCAACAUUCCCACACGUCAUUAUACACAAAAGGAGUAGCCUUCCCCGUCUGACAGCCCAACAGAUGAAUCUUAUUUUACCCAGAGGUUGUAGUUAUACAGGAAACUAUGGUGAUAUGGACAUUUCCUUAUUGUACAUACUACUUAGAAACAUUUGUGGUAUACCACCACACAGUAAUGGCUGGGGAAAUGAUCCAGACCCUACAGAUCGAUCUCUCUCCGCCAACAUUGAGAGAAUCCGUAUUGCCAGAAAUCAGUGUGUACAUUCUUCUAGUCCCGUCCUAACCAAUGCUGAUUUUAACACGAUCUGGACCAAUGUUAGAUCAGUAGUUGCAGACGUUGAUUCUUUCCUUAACAAUGGGAACAAGUAUGAAAAAGAGGUGGACUUUUUGAGAUAUGAGACAAUGGACCCUGCCCGUGAUUCUAAUUACAUAGAAGAACUGAGGAAACAGGCUGAAGAAGAUGCAGAAACUAGAAAAAUGGUUCUACGCCUGAAACGAAAGUUAGAAGAGAGUGAAGAGGAAAGAAUUGAAAAUAAUGAUAAAAUGCUAAAAAUUGUUGAUGAAAUAAAAACGCCUAAGUCUGUAAUCCCUCCAAAUGUCAGAGAUAUUUUUAAAGAGGACUUCAAACGCUGGGAAAAAGAUGAUGGGGUUUACAGUGAAAGCCACAGUUUCUCUGCAAUGUUGGUCAAAGUCAGAAAACAACCUUACAUGACAUUUGUUGGUGUCCCAGGAUCUGGAAAAUCGGCAACAAUUCAUCACAUAGCCCUGAUACUCCAGAAGGAAGAGUACGAGGUCGUACCUAUUAUAGACAUCAGGAAGAUUGAAGAUUAUUCUGACUCUCGUCAUCCACAGGUUUUUGUCAUUGAUGAUGUGGUAGGCGUUUUAGGUCUGCAAAAACAAAAGUUAGAGUCAUUGAUAGACUAUGAGAAAAGAAUUUUAAAACCUUCCAAUGAAAAUACAAAGGUAUUGAUGUCAUGUAGGAAAGCAGUGUUUAAUGAAUGUAAGAAAUGUUACAAAUCAUUUUUCUCAAAUGAAGAAAAUACAAUUAAGAUGCAAAAUUCCGAACAUGAAUUGAAUGACGAAGACAAAAAAGCGAUUCUUCAGAAACACGGCAUAGAUAUAGAUUUGUUGUCCCCUGCAUUUCUGAAAGAAACAUCAGAUAUGUUUCCUCUGUUGUGUAAACUCUACUCAAAAGAGGUGAAAUUUAGAAAGAAUGCUGAAAGGUUCUUUACCUGUCCAGCUGAAUGUAUUUUAGGACUAUUUGAUGAAAUGCAAGGAGGAAAUAGAUUAUGCUAUGCUACAUUGGUUUUGUGCAUGUUAAAUGACAAUAAACUAUCAAAAGAAAUAUUGAAAAACAUAGAAAAAAGUGUUUUCUGGGAAAUAAAAUCGAAAGUAAUAGAACAUUGUGAAGUUGAAAGUUACAAUGAUACACUUAUUGUUAAUGCAAUGGCAGCUAUGGAGGGGACAUACACAAAACUCUGUGGUACUGAGUACACUAUUAUUCAUGACUCUGUAUUUGAAAUCCUAGCAUAUCAUUUUGGUUCUAAGUUUCCAGAUCUGGUUUUGCAAUAUAUUAGCAGUAGUUACAUUGCUAAUAACGUGAAAGUACAAGAAUGUAAAAAAGAGUCAGAGGUUGAGAAUAAUCAUGAUGAGAAUGAAGAAAUCAGUGCGGAGGAGGAAGAAACAUUAAGUAGUGAAAAAAACCAGGAUUUGCUUGAUCUCAGUCUUAGGUUAAGAGAGGAUCAGUAUCCAUUGUUAGCGGAGCGUUUGUACAGAGAUAUAGAAAAUAUGGAACUGUAUGAUGUUUUUAUGAAUGAUGUUUUAAAACACCCCAAGGUAUGUCAAGCUUUUAUUGCAGUGUUAGAGAGAAAGUCGUAUACAGAGUUGAAGUCUUUAUUUUUGUCAGAACAGAAAGACGUGUCCAAGGUAGUGAGUAAAGGAAAGAGUGUGAGGGAGGAGAGUGAGAAGAGUGAUGAGAGGAGCAGGGAGUGGCGCAGACAGAGGGUGCUGGUGAAUGAGAAGGGUGAUUAUAGAGAAAGAACAUACAGUGUGAGGGUUAUCAGUUGGGUGGUUUGUUACGGACACACUCAGAUCCUACAAUAUAUUCUAAAACAAACUGAAUUACACAAAGAAACAGAGGUUGAACUAUUUUGGAAUUCCGAGUUAAUCAAUGAAGCAAAACAGAGAGGAAAUAACAUUAAAAAAGAUAAUGCAACAGACAAGUUAUCUUUAUCAAACUCCAUUACAAAAAAUCAAAAGCAGUUUGUUUCCGAAUGUAACCGCUUAUUUGUAUUGAGUUGUUACAGUGAAAAUUUAGCGACUGAAAGAAUAUUAAUUAAGUAUGUUGAUAUACAAACAACAAACAAGAAAAUGCCCAAUAUAUUUUAUGAUACACCAUUGACAGCAGCAUGUAAGAGUGGACAUAUGAGUGUAGUGAAGGAGCUACUAAAAGUGGGAGCUGAUAUCAAUCAACAAGGUGGGUUGCAUACACCACUGACAGCAGCAUGUGGGAGUGGACAUAUGAGUGUAGUGAUGGACCUUAUAGAAGCCGGAGCUGACAUCAAUCAACAAGGUGAGUAUAAUACACCACUGACAGCAGCAUGUAAGGAUGGACAUAUGAGUGUAGUGAAGGAGCUUAUAGAAGCCGGAGCUGAUAUCAAUCAACAAGGUAAGUAUGAUACACCACUGACAGCAGCAUGUCAAGGUGGACAUAUGAGUGUAGUGAAGGAGCUUAUAGAAGUGGGAGCUGAUAUCAAUCAACAAGGUUUGUUUGAUACACCACUGACAGCAGCAUGUGGGGGUGGACAUAUGAGUGUAGUGAAGGAGCUACUAGAAGUGGGAGCUGAUAUCAAUCAACAAGGUAAGUAUGAUACACCACUGACAGCAGCAUGUGAGGGUGGACAUAUGAGUAUAGUGAAGGAGCUUAUAGAAGUGGGAGCUGAUAUCAAUCAACAAGGUAAGUAUAAUACACCACUGACAGCAGCAUGUCAAGGUGGACAUAUGAGUGUAGUAAAGGAGCUUAUAGAAGUGGGAGCUGAUAUCAAUCAGAAAGGGAAGUAUGAUACACCACUGACAGCAGCAUGUGAGGGUGGACAUAUGAGUAUAGUGAAGGAGCUACUAAAAGUGGGAGCUGAUAUCAAUCAACAAGGUAAGUAUAAUACACCACUGACAGCAGCAUGUGAGGGUGGACAUAUGAGUAAAGUGAAGGAGCUACUAAAAGUGGGAGCUGAUAUCAAUCAACAAGGUAAGUAUAAUACACCACUGACAGCAGCAUUGCAGGGUGGACAUAUGAAUGUAGUGAAGGAGCUUAUAGAAGUGGGAGCUGAUAUCAAUCAACAAGGUGCGUUAGAUACACCACUGACAGCAGCAUGUAAGGGUGGACAUAUGAGUGUAGUGAAGGAGCUAAUAGAAGCCGGAACUGAUAUCAAUCUACAAGGUAGGUAUGAUACACCACUGACAGCAGCAUGUAAGGGUGGACAUAUGAGUGUAGUGAAGGAGCUACUAGAAGCAGGAGCUAAUAUCAAUCAACAAGGUAAGUUUCAUACACCACUGACAGCAGCAUGUAAGGAUGGACAUAUGAGUGUAGUGAAGGAGCUUAUAGAUGCCGGAGCUAAUAUCAAUCAGCAAGAUAGUUGUGAUACACCACUGACAGCAGCAUGUGAGGGUGGACAUAUGAGUUUAGUGAAGGAGCUACUUAAAGCGGGAGCUGAUAUCAAUCAACAAGGUUUGUUUGAUACACCACUGACAGCAGCAUGUAAGGGUGGACAUAUGAGUGUAGUGAAGGAGCUUAUAGAAGUGGGAGCUGAUAUCAAUCCACAAGUAAGUAUAAUACACCACUGACAGCAGCAUGUGAGGGUGGACAUAUGAAUAUAGUAGAGGAGCUUAUAGAAGUGGGGGCUGAUAUCAAUCAACAAAGUGAGCUUGAGACUCCACUGACAGCAGCAUGUAAGGGUGGACAUAUGAAUAUAGUAGAGGCUCUAUUAAAAGCGGGAGCAAAUAUCAAUCAAAAAGGUAGGUAUAAUACACCAAUGACAGCAGCAAGGGAGGGUGGACAUAUGAGUGUAGUUAAUGAGUUAAUAGAAGCAGGAGCUAUAUGAACAAAGUGUCUAUCAUACACCACUAACAGUGAGGGUGGAUAUAUGAGUAGCAGCUAAAGGUGCAGUCAACAACAAAUUGAGUUGGAUGCAUUCAUCAUUGACAAUAGCAGGUAAGGUAGAAUGUAAUGAAGGAAUUAGACCAUUCCAAGUUUUUUUUUCUAUUUUUAGCGUCCGCGUGUGCCUUGGUUUUUGACACCCCAUAUAAGAAAAAACACACAACAUCAGGAGUCCUGAAAUUGAUUAAUUUAGUCGAUUCUUUUAAUUUUGUUAAUUUCUCCAAAUAAUUCUGCAUAGUAAGUUAUAUUGGGUGUAUUUUAAGCAUUUAAUACCUUGUUUUUCCAUAAGAAUAGAUAUUCCUUCUAUUAAAGCGGUUUAGUUAGAUCAAAUCAUUUGAAGUGCGUCAUUUUUAUGACUUUUAAGCCUGUGGUUUAUGUUUUGGCUUGUGUGUUUUUUUUUUUGUUUUUUUUGUGAAUAGGUAGCUAGGUUUUUGAAAGACGGGCGGAUGCUAAACAGAGAAAAACUUUGAAUGGCCUUACUCUAGAUACUUCAUUUGCACGUAGUGAAGGAGCUGCAACUGACAAGGGCUGAUUUUCAUCUACAAGAGUUCUUUAGUGCACAUCUGAGAUUGGAUGUAAAAAAAUGACGAAAGAUCUGCCACAGUUUGUUAAAAAUCAUGGAUGAUUUUAUAGAAAGAAUAACGGUUCUUCUGGAUGUGUGAGUUGAUGUUAUUGUUAGGAUGAAGUACAGGGAGUAAGAUUCUGUGUUACACUGACAGGGUGUUCUGUUAUUAAGUGUAUUAACGAAAUCAUUUAGAUGACAAAUGAGUGAGACUGUGAAAAAGAGAGUGUUGAAUCUGGAGAAGUUGAUGAUGUUGAGGAUCUAGUUAUGAGGUCUGUGUUAGAUAUACAGGGUCUGUCUGUUCCAGAAAGGAUAUGACUGUUUAACAAACCAUGCUUAGUUUUAGAGAUUAAAAAGGGUCUGAGUGGAAGAAAGUGCAGAGUUAACCAUGAAACAUUAGGGAUGAUACUCUUUAAGAAAUAUAUAGCUUCAUGAAACAUAUGGAGAUAACGAACAGUAUAUAACGAACUUUAAAAUAAAUGUAUCUGUCCUGAUAUAAUCUGUAUAUGUAUCGGUGUAUCGUCCCAUCCGUAGUAUGUCCGUGCAUAGUUUGCAGUGUUACUUAAAGUUUCUGUUUGUAAAAUAAUAUUUGAAGAGAGAAUACUAACAUUUAUCUUCUUUGAGCACUAUAGAAUAUUUUUUCAUUGAGCAGAAUAACAUGGAUUCAUUUAAUUCGCAAUAAACUAUCAGUUAUUUCCUUGAAGACAUCUCUAUUACUUGCUUUUAAGGUGUCUAAAAAUUUGAUUUGUUUUGUAUUAUGUUUUAGCACUCUGAUUUACAUUGCUUUAGAAAAAGGGAUGUUUUGAUCAACCUGAAUUCAUUGUGCAUCGUUAUCAAUUGCCUAAGUUGUUCAACACAUCAUACAA